AUGACACUUUUGACAAUGUCAGCAUCGGUCCCGGGCAUGAAACCAACCUGUGUUAGCAAAGAUGUCUGCCAUACAAAUGGUGGACAAACUGCAGCAACUUUCAUAGCGCUUUACCUAAUAGCGCUGGGCACGGGUGGGAUUAAGCCGUGUGUCUCGUCCUAUGGGGCAGACCAGUUUGAUGAUGACGAUGAGGUUGAAAAGAAGCACAAGGGUUCUUUCUUCAACUGGUUCUAUUUUUCCAUCAAUGUUGGUGCUCUGAUUGCUUUUUCUGUGCUGGUGUGGAUACAAGACAACGUGGGUUGGGGAUGGGGUUUUGGCGUUCCAGCAGUGGCAAUGGCAAUUGCUGUGCUGAGUUUCUUUUCGGGGACUCGGUUGUAUAGGAAUCAGAAGCCUGGAGGUAGUCCUUUGACACGCAUAAUUCAGGUGAUUGUGGCGUCCAUUAGAAAUUACAAGGUGAAAGUACCGGAAGACAAGUCCCUUUUGUAUGAGACUGCAGAUGCAGAAUCUUCCAUCCAAGGAAGCCGCAAGCUUGAUCACACAAAUGAAUUCAGGUUCUUUGACAAAGCAGCGGUGGAGGUGCAAGGUGACCAGAUAAAGGACUCGAAAAGCCCGUGGAGACUCAGUACAGUUACCCAAGUGGAGGAGCUAAAAUCAAUCAUAAGGCUGCUUCCCAUAUGGGCCACUGGUAUCAUCUUUUAUGCAGCCGGCAGUCAGAUGAGCAACUUCUUUGUGUUGCAAGGCACCCUCAUGGAUAUUCGUGUUGGCCGCUCUAGCUUUGAAAUCCCAGCAGCAUCUCUUACCAUCUUUAACACCCUAAGUGUCAUUUUUUGGGUUCCAAUAUACGAUCGAAUCAUUGUGCCAGCAGCUAGAAAAUACACCGGUUACAAGAAUGGCCUAACUACACUCCAAAGGAUGGGCAUUGGCCUCUUCAUCUCCAUAUUCUCCAUGGUCUGUGCUGCAGUUUUGGAACUUAUCAGACUCCGAAGUGUUCGACAGAACAACUAUUACACAUACGAGCACAUGCCCAUGUCAGUCUUUUGGCAAGUACCUCAGUAUUUCCUCAUAGGAGCUGCAGAAGUUUUCAAAGUCAUAGGACAGCUGGAGUUUUUCUAUGAUCAAGCCCCAGACGCCAUGAGGAGCCUGUGUUCUGCUCUCUCACUCUCCACCUUUGCACUAGGAAACUACUUCAACUCUAUUCUUGUCACCAUCGUUACCAAAAUGACUACAAAGAACGGCAACCCUGGAUGGAUACCGAACAAUUUGAACUACGGACACCUUGAUUAUUUCUUCUGGCUAUUGGCAGUGCUGAGUGUUCUUAACCUAGGAGUAUACCUCUUCAUUGCCAAGUGGUACACGUAUAAAAAGACCGUCGGGACUCUGCGUUGA